AUGGCACCGAGAGAUCCGAGAGCCAACAAGCAAAGGGGAGGGAGCAUCUCCCAAUCCAGCCAACCAGCCCCGACAACACAGGAAAGCAUCGAGGUAAACACAACAGAGAAGGUUAGAUCAAAGGUUGUAGCAGGUCGAACAGAGAAGCCAAAGGCCAAGCCUCAAGAUGCUCGGACCCAUGAAGCCAACCAGGAGCGGGCCUAUGUCGCGGCAUCACGCCGCUCAGACCGCAGUCUCGAGGCCCGUAUCCAUUCGGCUAGGUUGGCGUCUGAAAUCCACAAGAAGCGUACCGGCAAGGGCUUCAAGAUCACCACUGAGGCUGUGUUGAACGACGCCAUGUACGAGGAGGAAGAGGAACCCAGAACAGCCCGGCUACCAUAUGCCGCCGCCAACUUUCAGGAUUAUGCCUUGGAGCAGCAUUACCAGAGGGUCGAUGCCCAAUUUGCAGCAGCCUUUCCAACUCUAAACCGACCGCCGGCGAUGCCCCUUGUCCCACAGUACAUGUCCAUGCCCCAGCAGCCGCGAACAAUGUCGACCAUGACCAUCAGCUCAGCUCCCUCUUACGGUCUUCCGCCAACCCAUGGCAUGCAGCAGUUCCACGAGAGGACACAGUCGGCCCCAAACGUCCCUUUAGUAUCAGCAAACUCGGGAAACUCAACAAACUCUGAUAUGCCUCAAGGCCUUGGACAGAGGACACAGUCACUUUCUGCUGUCCUACCCAGAUCGACCAGCUCGCCAUCCAUGUCUGUCUCCGACCGCCCUGCCGGUCCUCACACAAGAAACUCGUCCAUGUCCGAGACCUCGACACCUCCAGCUCUCACACCAAGCGUCGGCGAUGGCACACCUCCGCUAUCGGGACUUCUCACCCCAACCUUUGGCCAAGAUAACUUCGACAACUCUACGUUGAUGCAGCGUCGUUAUCGACAGUCCUCGGUUGCCUCAACCAGAUCCAAUGCCCCUCUUACUCCCCAGUCAGAAAUGUCCGUAAUGUCGACGACGCAGCCAGGCCACCUCGCUGCUCCCCCGAAAUCUUCCACGGCGGUUGUAAACCAGAUGGUUAGCGAGCCUCAGUUCUAUCCCAAUUAUGUCGAUGGUUCUUCUGAGCAUUUCGAUGACAUGUAUAACAGCCUGUCACAGCAGCCCCUUGAUCCGGACGAGUCAGGCUCGUCAUACUCGCAAUCUGCACAACAAAACGAAGGCACACCUAUUUUCUUUCAAAUACAGGCAGAGAAGUCCAGGGAAUACGAUACUGAGCCUGAUCCACUGUUGAAUAACGACCACGACACAUUUGUGGAUUGGAACGGUGGCGGCGUGUGA